CUUUGAAAACAACCACCUGUUGAGCCUUGACAUUCAUUGCGCAUGUGCAGUAUCACCGGGAACUUGUUGAUUCCAUGUUCCUGAAUCACAUGCAACACGUGCUGUACGUGCAAAUAAGCGAGUGUCAGCAGGGAUAGGUGAAAUACACGAGAGAAGUUCCGUAUGCUACUUACAUCCAACAUGGCAGUCUAUAACGGCAAGGCAAAUUUCUCUGAGGGCCAGAAUUCAUCCUUCAAGUUUGUCCUUGACCUUAACUACACAAACGUGGUCAAUCAAGAGAUGUGGAUGGAAAGGCUGAUUGGUUGUAACAACUGGGAGCCAACCAAUCAUAUGCUGUUUCAGCUGGCCAAUGUGGCAGUGUUGGUUGGCUUGUGUGCACCAGACACAACAUAUGGAGCCUUGUUUCUGCAUAUUUUCUUUGUGUUUGGGUUUCUGCUAUUGUCCAUCUGGUCCUGGGUGAUCUUGUGUGCCCCCGACUUCUUCUCAUGGAACUUUGCCUUUAUGCUGAUCAAUGGUGUACAGACGCUGUUCCUCAUGUAUCGCAUCCGACCUGUCAAGUUCUGUGAGGAACUGGAGGAUGUAUACAGCUCCACGUUUGAACCUCUCAGAGUUCCAAGGUCUGUGUUCAAGAAACUUGUAAGCCCGGAAUAUUGUACUCUGAUGAAUCUUCAUGAAGGUGAAGCUUAUGCCACACAGUCCAUCACCAAGACUGACAAGCUUGGCAUCCUCAUCUCAGGACAAAUGAAUGUAUACAGCAACAGGAACCUACUGCAUACAAUCCGCUCCAAGCAGUUCAUUGACUCUCCUGAGUUUGAGUCCAGUAUAAGUGGAGAUGAGAAGUUCCAGGUGUCUGUCAUAGCAGCAAGCAUGUGUCGCUACAUCUUCUGGCCGCGUCGCAGUCUGGAGUACCUUCUGGUGAAAGAACCCUACCUUGCCAACAUCAUGAACACCAUGCUGGGAAGGGACAUUACCAACAAACUGUAUGCUCUCAAUCAAAAGGUGAGUACCCCUGCUGGUUCCCGUCUGGACAUCCGUCUGCCCAGUGUGUCGUCAAGCAUCAAGGCCAGACAAGAUAUCCGCAAGGCCGUGGCAGGCGUUGAACCAGAGGGGGCCAUGGAUGGUGGAGAGGGGGAACCAGAUGAAGACGACGAGGAUGGUGACAAGCUGUGGGAACCUUGAGAUCAGAAAAUAGUGCCAGUUAUCCGUACCAUUCACCAAGACCGCCAUGGGAGACAGGGCAUUCAGUGCUGCUGCACCUGCUUUGUGGAAUAUUUUCCCCACUGAACUCAGAUCGUCUACUUUCCUUGAUGAAUUCAUUAGACAUUUGAAAGCAAAACGGUUUUUAUUAGAUUUUCCUGUUAUAACAGUUCAGAUGUGUGUGAAAUACCGUUCAAAGUGGCUUGACGACCAACUCCAUACUCCAUGCAUCAGUCGAGACCCCUUUAAUCCAAAAUGCCUGUCAUCCAGACAGUUACUUUUGGGAGCAUCUUUGUAUUGUUAAGGCAGAUAACAGAUUACAAAGGAUUUAUAAAUCUGGAAUUUUUAUUUUGGACAAUUUCGCUCGGAAGGCCACAGUCUAGAUUAACAUACCAUAAAUUAGUAUUUUGACAUAGACAAUAUUGAUGCAAUGCUUCCUCCUGUAGUAUUUGUGCUGUGGGAUAACCUUUUGGUUAAAGCGAUCGCUAGUCACACCGAAGACCCAGGUUUCAUUCCCGACAUGGGAAUAAUGUGUGAAGCCCAUUUGUGGUUUCCCUCACCGUGAUAUUGCUGGAAUAGUGACAAAAGUGUUGUAAAACUCACUCACUCACUCACUCACGCCUGCACCUUCUUUGAAUAUGUGUGAUGAUUGUUAAAGGCAGAUCUGAAAAUAAAA